AUGACAAUCAAUUACAAUUUGGCUGUUUCAACAUCGAAACCAUGGACGCUGUUCAAGUUGUUGCUAAAAUGGCGAGGCAGCAUCUGGAAAGCGGUCAUACUCGAAUUGGUCGUUUGGCUAAUGUUUUACGGUAUUCUCAGUAUCAUCUACAGAACGGCCAUGUCACACGAACAACAAAGGACAUUUGAGCGAGUGGUUCACUAUUGUGAUGCGAGGCUGAAUUAUAUUCCUUUGAACUUCAUGUUAGGUUUCUUCGUCACUGCUGUUGUGAACCGAUGGACAACACUGUAUCAGAUUAUAGGUUUCAUUGAUAAGUCAGUUUUAAAUUCAGUUUUGUCAUACUUUUAUCUUGAAGCCUCACUAAAUGAAUCGCUUGUUGGCAUAGGUAGUUCUGAAUGA